AUGUUUAACAAGUUCCUCGCGCGGCUGGCACGCCGACCACCGCCGAGCGAAGAGACGACUCCGGCAAGGACGACGGCUGGUGAGACCGCGAACGCCGCGAUGUCGACCCCGAGAGCUCGGCAAAGAGACGCGUUCUCCUUCGAUGCGUCGAGGCCGUCGCUACCUCUUGCGAGUGAGACGCGAGGCGAGGUACCGACAGUAACGCCAUCCGGUGCGGCGUUAGACACGAGAGGAACGAAGACGUACCCUUCUCCGCGUGUGGUGGAACGCCAUGGUGUGUCUGGAACGACAUUUCCGAAGCGUGAUACGCCCAGGAGACAAGGAGGAACACCAGCGCGGGCGACGGAGACGCCGACAAGGAGGGCCGGAACGCCGACGUCGGACUCUGCGUUACAAGAGAGACCGCCACGACCUGCAGGGGCGAGGCCUGUGUCACGCCCAGUGCCGGCGUCCACAGAGAACGCCUUUGUCGAUCAGACUCGACCGGUUAGUACGCCAAUGCUCGGGUACCAAGGUUUGAUGGCUCCCAGAGUGGCGCUACCGGCGCCAGCUUCGACGACUGUGGGAAUGCCGAUGGCUGCGAUCCCGUCCUACGGUGGCGUGACCAUGCAGGCGCCGAGCACCAGUUGGAACGAUGGAGGAGACGGCGCGGCACGUCUGGGCGCGCUUUAUCCGCCGUUUCAACCUCCGAUAACGCCCACGGCUGGAUGGAACUCUGGUGGAACGCUGCCAGCGUGGUCGGCAGCUCCUGCGAAUCAGGCGCCUGCAAGCAUGGGAGGCCUUGGGCUUGGUAGGAGCUUCAGUGGUCAUGGAGGGGCUACCAGACGCACUCGGCGUACCCUCAAGAACCCAUGGUGA